GGCCUUUUAGUUUUGGCCAUGAAUUUUUUAUCACGUUUGACUUCAGGAUCCAGAUUUCAUGGCGUGAUAUUUUCGCGAUUGUCGGGUAUUUCGAAUAAGCGCAUUCUAAGAUUUAAUUGGAUCUGAUAUAUUGUUGUCAUUAAUUGUCUUCCGUAAUUGCUGCUUCCUGAAUCAGCGGUUACUAUAUUGUGUUCUGCUUCUACUUCGCACGAGUAUGCCAAAGAGAAAACGUGAAACUACCGACGUGUCGAAAAGUCCAAAGACGAAGCCGAAGAGGAAGCAGAAAGCUGGGAAGACUAUCGAAACUGCCAAGGAGGUGCCUGUGAUCCCCGCUGCGACCCGUGGUUCCGAUCAGCAACCACCGAAGCGGAUCAAAUGGACCAACAAACAGCGGGUCCUCGUUUUCAGCUCGCGAGGCACCGGGUUUCGUGCACGACACCUCAUGACCGACAUCAGAUCCCUGAUGCCGCAUGCCAAAAGUGAGAAUAAAAUGAACAAAAACGAUAAGCUCAUUCAGAUUAAUGAAGCCUGCGAAAUGAAGAACUGCAAUUGGACAUUAUAUUUUGAGUCGCGGAAGAAGAAGGACUUGUAUUUAUGGAUGGCUAAAGUUCCCGAUGGCCCGUCAGCCAAAUUUCUCGUUGAAAAUAUUCAUACUAUGGAUGAGUUGAAGAUGACGGGAAACUGCCUAAAGGGAAGCCGUCCUCUGCUGUCGUUCCAUAAGGAUUUCGAAUUUCAGCCGCAUUUGGCACUUUUACGCGAAAUGUUUGCCCAGGCAUUCAACACGCCCAAUCACCACCCGAAGAGUCAACCCUUCUUCGAUCGUGUCAUGUGUUUCUCUAUUGCUGACAACCGGAUAUGGAUUCGCAACUUCCAGAUUGUGGAAGAAGACGGUGCCUUGGCGGAAAUAGGACCACGUUUAACACUGAAUUUGAUCAAGAUUUUUGCCGGCAGUUUUCGCGGAGAAUGCUUGUAUGAAAAUCCUCUGUACGUCUCUCCAAAUCUGCACCGGCGCAGCCUAAAGAUGGCAGCGGCAGGAAAAUACAUUAACCGUGUCGAAGUCAAAGCCGAUCGGGAACAGCGGAUGCCCGAAACUGCAUAUCCUGUGGAGAACGAAAUGGAUGAUGUUUUUCGGCGAGCGGAACAAGCCAAACAAAAGCCACUAGAUGAUGAAGCAAAUGGUAGCAUGGGCGAGAAGUCUAGGACAACACCGAAAAAGAAAAACCAGAAGAAGAGGAAGUAGAAUAAAGCUUGAAUGGUUUAGUUUUCGUUACGUCUUAGAUUACGGGUACUUGUAAAUGCGUUAGUCUGCGUAGACAUACCAUUGUUUUUUCGACUUUUAUUGUUUAGCGAGUUUUAACAUUGCCAGUCUUCGCAUUCAUUCAUUCACAAGUCACUUCCGCAGA